AUGUCGCCUCCUCCAAACGAUACGGCGGUGUCUAUCGCUGCCGAGCCUGUUCCUGUCAAAGGCAUGGACCGCGUUCGCGAAACCAUUUCUCAACCUGUUAUCGCUGCUUUCUGCGCUGGAGGCGUCGCUGGUGCCGUCUCUCGAACUGUUGUCUCGCCACUCGAGCGCCUCAAGAUCCUGUUCCAGGUGCAGAGCGUUGGACGAGAUGCCUAUAAGCUGUCUGUUGGCCAAGGCCUCGCCAAGAUGUGGAGGGAGGAAGGCUGGAGAGGUUUUAUGCGAGGCAAUGGAACCAAUUGUGUCCGUAUCGUGCCAUACUCUGCUGUCCAAUUCGGCAGCUACAACUUCUACAAGAGGAGCUUCUUUGAGAAGUAUCCCGGUGCAGACUUGUCUCCACUUGCUCGUCUGACCUGCGGUGGCAUCGCUGGAAUCACCUCCGUCUUUUUUACCUACCCUCUCGACAUCGUGCGCACUCGCCUGUCUAUUCAGUCUGCAUCCUUCGCCGAGCUGGGUGCCAGACCUAAAGAGCUACCCGGCAUGUGGGCCACUAUGGCCAAGAUGUACAAGACCGAGGGUGGUUUCUUAGCUCUUUACCGCGGCAUCAUCCCGACCGUUGCUGGCGUUGCUCCUUACGUCGGCCUCAACUUCAUGGUGUAUGAGUGGGUCCGCAAGUACUUGACUCCUGAGGGCGACAAGAACCCCAGCGCCGUGAGGAAGCUGCUGGCUGGAGCUGUUUCGGGUGCCGUCGCUCAGACAUGUACUUACCCCUUCGAUGUACUGCGCCGAAGAUUCCAGAUCAACACCAUGACCGGCAUGGGCUACCAGUACAAGGGUAUUACCGACGCCAUCAGGGUUAUCAUUGCCCAGGAGGGUAUCAAGGGUCUUUACAAGGGCAUUGUUCCCAACCUUCUCAAGGUCGCGCCGAGUAUGGCGUCCAGCUGGCUCAGUUUUGAGCUCUCCCGCGACUUUUUGGUGUCUCUCAGGGAAGAUGGCAACUCCGAGGCUGCCAUCUGA